AUGACACAUAUGACAAAUUAUUCAGAACCAGAUAUUCCAUGGGACAAUUGUGAUAUGAAUAACACAUGGGAACCCGAAAUGCGACCUUUCGUAAACGAACUACAGUUUAAAAUGGAACUUUUAAAAAGAGAACGAAUUCGGGAGAGAAAUCAAAUGUACAGGAACAAUAACUACUCGAGAAUCGAAUAUGGAACAUCUGAUAUGUCUUAUUGCAGAAGGCGACGUCAUAUGUGA